AUGCAGUUGGUUUCCAUUGCCUCUGAGCCUUGGUGGAUCUUGACCAUGGCUAGCAGCAGUAAGUAUAAUUUGAAGUGGAAUUCCCACCAUACCGAGGCCUUCCACGGCUUUGAAACGCUCCGAAGCCGGGAGGUGCUGGUGGACGUGACGCUGAUGUGCGAAGGACAGUCCCUGAAGGCACACAAGUUGGUUCUCUGUGCCGGAUCGGGGUAUUUCGAGCGAGUGCUGCAGCGCGACAGCCAUCACAAUCCCAUGAUGUACUUUUUUGGAGUGGAUGUCCAUCUCUUGAAGUUCCUUGUUGACUUUAUGUACAUAGGGGAAGUGGAUAUCCCAUCCAUAGACCUGGAGAAGUUCAUCCAACUGGCUGAGGUCCUAGAAGUGAAGGGUCUGAAGGGAGACCACUCCAAGAAGUCUUACAGUGUAGGGACGGCAACAUCGACCGGGACCACCAUUCCCGUGUCCGACGUCCAGCACGCCUUGUCUCACAAACGGAAGGCGGCUGCUUGGCAGUCGUACAAUGAAGGGUCCCAGCAUUCAAAGACUUCUCGGCGUAGCCAAGAAAUGGCAAGAAAUGAUGGCAAGCCAUCAAAUUUACUGCAGGAAAAUGGACCCUUGCCAAAGAAGAAGCCUGAAAGUACAUCUUGGAGUGCAUCAGGUGCUUCUCCUUCUGUGCCCUCUUCGAGUGCACCUACCAAAGAGGAGCCUGUGAUCAAAGAUGAAGUUGUGGAUAUUGUUGAAGAGGAGACCAUUAAAAAUGAAGAGCAUGAACAGCCAGUGGAACAGGAGGAUUGGGAUGCAGAGUCACAGACCUCAUACUACCAGGACCCUGAGGGGGAAGAAGCUGCCCUUAACAACCUGGAGAUGCCCCAGAAUGUCCCUGCUGAAAUAAAUCCUGCAAGUACAUCUUGGAGUGCAUCAGGUGCUUCUCCUUCUGUGCCCUCUUCGAGUGCACCUACCAAAGAGGAGCCUGUGAUCAAAGAUGAAGUUGUGGAUAUUGUUGAAGAGGAGACCAUUAAAAAUGAAGAGCAUGAACAGCCAGUGGAACAGGAGGAUUGGGAUGCAGAGUCACAGACCUCAUACUACCAGGACCCUGAGGGGGAAGAAGCUGCCCUUAACAACCUGGAGAUGCCCCAGAAUGUCCCUGCUGAAAUAAAUCCUGCAACCCUCAAGGCUGAGAUGCAGUUCAUUUGGAGUGGAAAGACUUGGAAUGACAUGCGCCUGCAUUUGUGUGGUGUGUGUGGCUAUCGCUCGCCAAACAAGACACACGUGAUGUAUCACAUUCACACGCACACGGGGGCACGACCAUACCACUGUCAAGAGUGUGGUCGGAGCUUCUCCCAGAAGGCACACCUCAAUCGUCACAAGAUCAGUCAUUUGAACAUCUCCUGAAGAAAUUGUAUUGCAUUGUGGAUAUUUCAUCAAAUGGAAUUUGGUCUGCUGGUGUCUCAAAGUAUUUUCAUCUCUGCAGUUUCUAUUGAAGCAGGAAGAACUCACAUUAUACCUGCAUCUCAUUAUUGUGCAAGGAUGCACUAACAUAUCUUGCUGAUGAAUUCUUCUCUCCAUCUCCCUGG